AUGCAGAAUUCCGGUGUGGAUCCUCCUUUGAUGAAAUGCGAUGUAAAUCAAACAUGUGUGGAUACAACUGAUGUUUUUGUAACUGGUCAAAAAUUUGCUACAAGAGAAGAGGCGAUAAGUUGGAUUAAGGAGGUUGGAAUCAGAAAUAAAGUGACAGUUAUAAUAACUCGUUUAGAUACCAAAACAGGCAAGAGAGGAAGAAGUGAUAAAUUAGUAUUUGGUUGUGAUAAAGGUGGAAAAUACAAAAAAAAAACAGAUAGUGAAACCCAAAGUGCUAGUAAGAGAUGUGGUUGUCCUUUCAAAAUUAGGUCAACACCGUCGAAAGAUGGUUCUGGAUGGAAGAUCGAUGUAAAAUGCGGAGUACACAACCACGGUUUACCUGAUAGAUUUGAAGGUCAUGCUCUCGUAAGUCGACUAAAUACAGAUGACAAGCAACAUACUAUUGAUUUGACAAAACGCCAUGUUCCACCAAGACACAUAUUAUUGUCAUUGCAAGAGCGUGACCCGGAGAAUGUCACUCGGAUCACGCAAAUAUACAAACAUAAGAGUAAGAUAUAA